AUUACACUACCAACAACCUCCUCUCCUCCACCUCGUCGACCGCAGCCAACGAAAGCCAAUCCCAACUGGCAGUUGAAUGGGGACAACUACCUAGGUGAUUUCCAAGACCCAGACUCCAAGAAAGAAUGUCAAGACAGACGGCCAACAUUACCUCCUCUACUAUCAUAUCAAGAUGGAGAAAGCGGCUUUGAACGGGUGAUGAAUUGACCGGUCUUUGUCCUCGUCGUUUCCAUCACCACCCACGCUGGGCAACACUGCCGCUUUUCUCUGCAUCACACAAAUUGCUCAAGUCCCGUCUUCCAGUGCCUUUGACACACAUUUUGCCGUUGCACUGGGCAGUGGCAGUGACCGAGGUGACAGUGACCAAGCAACCAACUAGACUAGACGAGGCAGAUGAGCUCUCGGCUCUGAGACAAGCCUCGACAAGCUGCGCCGACAACCAAACAAACCCGUAGGCGCCAGACUGCCCGGAGGUCGUCGCAGAGUGGAUGAGACUUGUAUGUUCCGCCUCGUCGACAAACCAGUGGUUGUGCCGUCCUUUGAUUACCUACCACCGGCGUCGAGUCAUCACCGCUUUGGACUGUCACCGACAUACAUAUCCACUGUUACAACCCCUUCCUGUCCUCGUUGUCGUUGUCGUCGUCGUUGUCGUCGUCGUCGUCUUCCAUAUCCUUGGUGUUUGUCAAGUUGUUUAUGGUGUUGGCGACGGUUACACAGCAGCACGACACCACCGCCGGAUCCGCAUUUUUCUUGUCAAUCCUUACCCUUCUUUGCCCUCUCCGCUCCCCAUUUACUUCGUAUCCAUCUUAAUACCCUGCGCGCCAGUGUCCUUUCCGCAUCACUUAUACCUACUCUACUACAUACUGCAUACCAUCCGAUCUGGCUACAUAGCGCAUACCGUACGCAUUUACUUACUUACCGUCCACUCACCUUCCCUCCUCGGUUAACAAUCCCGACGAACAAUGGCGGACACGCCCAAGUCCGGCCAGUCGGAGGAGCACCAGGCAAAGCCCGUCGUCGUCGACGAGGCCGGCCUCAAAUCGGCGGGAACUGCCCCACCCCGGCGCCGAUCCCGCAAGAUCCUCUACAUCGCCAUCGCCGCCGCCGUCGUCGUCGUCCUCGGUCUCGCACUCGGACUCGGCCUAGGUCUCGGUCUCAAGGACCACGGCGGCCGCGGCGACGAAAACGAGCCCUCUGGCCCGACUCCCUCCGAACCACCCGUCACCCCCAACGGCACAGUCUGGCAACCCCCCGUCGGCGCCAAAUGGCAAAUCAUUCUCAACUCGGUCCUCGACGUGCCGUCCGCCAACGCCAAAACCACACAGGCUUUAACUCCCGACGUGCCCGUCUGGGACUUUGACAUGUUCCUCCACCGCAACACCAACGUCAUUUCCAACCUGCACUCCCUCGGCAAGCGCGCCAUCUGCUACUUCUCCGCCGGCUCCUACGAGCCCUACACGCCCGACAACACGUCCUUCGUCGCCGCCGACCUGGGAAAGACCAUGGACGGCUGGCCCGACGAGAAGUGGCUCGACAUCCGCCGGCCCUCGGUCCGCAACAUUAUGCUCAAGCGCCUGGACAUUGCCGCCUCUAUGAAGUGCGACGCCGUCGACCCGGACAACGUAGACGGCUACCAAAACGCCAACGGCCUGGGCCUGACCAAGCAAGACACGAUUGACUUUGUGCGCUUCUUGGGUAAAGAAGCCUCCAAGCGCGGACUGGCCAUGGGACUGAAAAAUGCGGGCGAGGUCAUUGAGGACGUCCUGGACGUGGUGCAGUUUUCGGUCAACGAGCAGUGCGCGCAGUACAACGAGUGCGAUACGUUUGAAAAGUUCACGGCGGCGGGGAAGCCCGUGUUCCAUAUUGAGUACCCGAGUGGUGCGCCCAAGGCCGUCAAGACGCAGGAUAGCAGGAAGCUGUGCGGCGCGACGGGGGCGGAUAGGUUCAGUACCGUGUUGAAGGGCAUGGAUCUGGAUGCGUGGGUGGAGUACUGCGAUGGAAACGUGGCGGAGACCAAGGUUGCGAAUACCUCUGAUGAUGGGUCGGAUGAUGAGUGAUGGAUGGAUUAAUGAUGUCUUCUUGGUGAGAUGAAUUGUUGGAUGAACUGCUUGCCUUACCUUAUUACAUUUACUAUUUACUUCAGUUGUAUCGAAGUGGGAGCCAUAGGGUGGUGGGCCUUUGCAUCGGAAAAAUAAGAGUUGUACUAGAACUCGUGUUUUCGGCUGUGGUUGUUGAUUUUUGGUUGUCGGUGGUAUUCAUGCAUGCUGUACCUCAUGUUUGCUUAGUAUAGUUCGUUAUCACGAUAAUUCCAUGUGGUGUCGUCGUGGUGUUGUUGAUCAACUGAAUGAUCACCGCAUCACACACACCUUGCCCACGAGGACGGCGGCGCGGCCCAGCACCCGACCGACCAUCACAGCGCACAUCGAUCACCCCCAGCACCACAGCCAGCGCAGCCCACUGAUGAGCCCGGCGUGGCCCAACAAGGCCAGCGAAAGCUGAAAACCCCGUAUUUCCACUUGUAUGUAGGUAGGUACGUAGCAUGCCCGGUAGCAAAAAGGCGCAGAUCAUCACCACGCAUUCCUCCGUGGCCGUGGUACGACUGCUGCUAUUCCGAAAUCCUAUCUAAUCACAACGUCCGGUUGUCGGAAAUCCUUUUUCUGCUUAAAGUUCCAGAGGAAUUUGGCAACACCAACGA